CACACACACACACACAUGCUCUCUCUCACACACAUACAUACUCACGCUUUCUCUCUCUCACAUACGCACACAUACACACAUGCUCACACAUGCGCGCAUACACACAAACUCAUUCGUACAUUCUUGUGCUUGCUCUCCCUCACACGCAUAGACACUAGUUCUCUCUCUCUUACCCCUCUCUUUCUCUCUCUCUCUCUCUCUCUCUCCUCUCUCUUUCUCUCUCCCUCUCUCUCUCUCAGGCAACCUGUGCACACUCUGCAGUUGGGAGAAGAACACCUCCUCUGUCUCCUCAGCUGUACGGCACAACAAGCGGAAAGGAAGGAAAGAACGAGAAAGGGAGGAGAAGCAUCUAUAUCUCCCGCAGAGCUGCAGAAAGAGUCUCCUUCUCCUCCUUUUUACUCCUCCUCUCCUCCUGCGUGGGGACUCUUUUCCUUCAUAGUAUCUCUCUCUCUCUCUCUCUCACUUUCUUUCUCAGUCUCUCUCCCAUACACAAAACCCUGGAGUCCUGACUGUUUUUUUUUCCGACAGACUCUUUUUCCUCUCCUCUUUUUUUUUGACUGUGAUGCCUCCUCUGUCCAUCCCUCGUUCUCAGCGCAAACCCUGAAGGCUGCAGCGUGACAACAGCACACGGCGCAGCGCAGCACAACGGACGGACUGAGAGAACGACCGACAUCUCCACUCCAGAAGAGAACAAACUAAAAGAAGCUGUGAUUGUGUGCGUGCUCUGGGAGAGGAGCAUGUUGUGGCUGUGAUGUCGCUGGACAUGGAGAAGGCCGUCACAAAGCUCAUGUACGACUUCCAGCGGAACUCCACCUCUGACCUACUGAAUUAGGCCAAAAUCGGAGAACAGUACCGCCCGGGUUUGAGUCCCGAGCAGGUACAUCAGUAUUACAGCUUCCUGCCCGAGGACAAGGUGCCGUACGUGAACAGCAUCGGGGAGAAGCAUCGCAUCAAGCAGCUCCUGCAUCAGCUUCCGCCUCACGACAACGAGGUGCGCUACUGUAACACGCUGGACGAGGAGGAGAAGAGGGAGCUGAAGAUCUUCAGCAACCAGCGCAAGCGGGACAACCUGGGGCGCGGCAAUGUGCGUCCACUCCCCCUCACCAUCACCGGCGCCGUGUGUGAGCAGUGCCGAGGGCAGGUCAAUGGCGGGGACAUCGCGGUGUUUGCGGCGCGCGUGGGCCACGGCAUGUGCUGGCACCCUCACUGCUUUGUGUGCUCGGCGUGCGACGAGCUGCUGGUGGAUCUCAUCUACUUCCACCAGGACGGCAAGAUCUACUGUGGCCGCCACCACGCCGAGAGGCUCAAGCCUCGCUGCUCCGCCUGCGACGAGAUCAUCUUUUCGGACGAGUGCACGGAGGCGGAGGGCCGCCACUGGCACAUGAAGCACUUCUGCUGCUACGAGUGCUCGGCCCCGCUGGGCGGCCAGCGCUACAUCAUGAAGGAUGCUCGGCCCCACUGCUGCAACUGCUUCCAGUCGCUCUACGCCGAGUACUGCGACGCCUGUGGAGAGCACAUAGGCAUUGACCAGGGCCAGAUGACGUACGACGGUCAGCACUGGCACGCAACCGAGGAGUGCUUCUGUUGCGCCCGCUGCAAGCAGUCACUCCUGGGCCGCCCGUUCCUGCCCAAGCAGGGCCAGAUUUUCUGCUCACGCUCGUGCAGCGCGGGCGAGGAGCCCGACGAGUCCGACUCGGCCGACUCGGCCUUCCAGAGCGCCCGCUCGCGCCAGUCCCGCCGCAGUGCGCGCAUCGGCCGCCACGGCAGCAGCGGCGCCAAGGCCAAGGCCAAGGCGAAGCCCGAGGGCCGGCAGAUGUCGUCUGCCAGCAACCCAGACCGCCUGUCGGCCGACAUGGACCCGUUGUCGACGCAGAUGGACCUGCUGAGCGUGGCCAGCCCCACGGCGAGCCGCACCCCGAGCAGGACCCCCAGCCGCACGCCAAGCCGCACGCCGAGCCGCACGCCCAGCCUGAACCGCGAGCAGGCCGUGUGGAUGAGCCGCGACGAGCCGGCCGCCUACCAGUACGAGGCGCCCCAGAGAGACCCGUCUCCAGCUCCACCCAACCCGCACCAACACCAGCACCAACACCAACACCAGCUCCAGCACCAGCACCAGCACCAGCUGCUGGGCCAGUGCAACCCGCGGCCGCCCUACGUCUCCAGCCAGAGCCAGCAGGGCCCGGCGCCGGCCCACUCGGGUGGAGGCGGUGGUGGUGGUGGUGGUGGGGGUCGGCGGGGGUCAUCCCGACGCCUGGCCCAAGGAGCCGCAGGCGGGCCCCCGGGGGUCAACCCCAAGAAGCCGCCCGUCAUGGCGGCUCUGCGGGGCCACUCGUUCAACGAGAACUGGAUGCACCACAGCCAGGACACGGAGUUCCGCGCGCCCAAGCUCAAGACACAGAUGAGCUUCAACGAGGCGUCCAGCCACGGAGUGGGCUUCUCGGAUAAGCGCAGCGUGAGCGUGCAUGGCUUCCCCCGUGAGGUACGGCCCCCGCUGCUGCGCAGUCGCACGCCCAUCAACGAGAUGAUGACCCCACCCGAGCAGACGCCCCACGGCUCUACAGACUCCCUCUCACUGUCCUACGCCACAGGCAAUUCUUUGGACGGCACCACCAAGCGCCAGGAGCAUCUCUCUCGCUUCUCCAUGCCGGACCUGAGCAAAGACUCGGGCAUGAACGUGUCGGAGAAGAGCAACAUGGGAACGCUGAACUCCUCCAUGCAGUUCCGGAGCACCGAGUCGCUGACCUCAGCUCCACGGCCCUUCUUUGACCUGGGCAUGCCCGUGCGCCUCAAGUACCCGCCCAUGCAGUACUGGGACCCGCCGCGCGGCCUGGGCUUCCAGGAGAAGGUCAAAGGUCACCCGGGGCUGGCGGUCAGCAUGGGGAACAUGCACGUGACCCCGGUGAUGGAGCGGCGGGCCCCGCCCGGGCGUCCUGGCCGGCUCGGCGAGCAAGAGCUACGAGGAGGGGGAGGAGGGGGAGGAGGGGGAGGAGGAGGAGGCUCACGCCAGCGCCACCACCGCACCGGGGGGCGCCACCGGCACCACCACCAAGGCCACGGCCAGCACGGGCACCACCACCACCAUCACCACCACCACCACGGCGGGCACCGCCAGUCGCGGCGCUCCCGCUCCGACAACGCCCUGCACCUGGCCGCCCAGGGCCCGGGCGCCAGCGGCACCGCCGGCAGCGGAGGCAGCGCCGGUUACCACGGCGACCUGGGCCCGGCCUCUUCGGUGGUGGUGGUGGUGGUGGUGGUGGUGGUGGUGGUGGGGGAACCUCGGGGGAUACCGGGCCAACACUUUCACUUCUACCCGCCGCCGCCCCUUGGAUCGGCAUCUGACCUCACCCUACAGAACCCCGGUGGGUCGGGGCCGCAGGGCGUGGGAGGCGGCCCUUACUUGAACGGCUAUGGCGAGGAGGACGGGGAGGGCGACGAGGAGUACUUCUGCUCCACCUGCUCCUCGUCCACGGAGGAGUCUGCCGACGAAGGCUACUUCCUGGGCGAGCCUAUCCCUCGUCCAGUGCAGCUGCGUUACCUAGACAACGAGGAGCUGCGGCACAGGUACAGCCCCACGGCUUUGGGAGGCCGUGGACAGCUGCACACGCGCCGGCGCAGGAAGAGCAAGAACUGCAGCAUCUCAUAGGACCGUGUGUCAGUGUGUGUGUGUGUGUGUGUGUGUGUGUGUGUUUGUGUGUGUAUGUAUGUAUUGUAUAUGUGUGGAGGCGAUGGUAUAUUUGUAACACGUGGGAGGAAGCACUUAUGUGAAUUUGUGUGGGUAGUGGGUACAUAUGUACAGUAUGUGUGUACAAAUUAGCCUGUGAGCUGUGAGUUCAUGCACUGAAUAUGUGUUUCUGUGUGUGUGUGUGUGUGGACGGGUCGUACAUGGAUGAGAGAUUUUUGUUGAGCUCAACUGAACAGAACACUGCCAGGGAUUCAAGUGGAUGGAACUACAGUAUUUUCAAAUCACAGUGUAAUGUGAUGUUUUUGGACAUCAUCUUAAAAAUCUUUAGUGGAUAAGAACACUACACACACUUAACAUGGAUCUAACUUCCUCCUAACUCACUGUAUUCUCUGUACUUAUGAACCUGUUACACACGGUGUGAACUCUCAUGAACCGUUUGCAGAGACUGAACUCAGAUGACUAGAGAUUCUACAGAAAUGACAUAAAGAGUAUUAACCAUUAAAUAUUUAAAUGACUUUACAUAUUGUAUUCCUGAAAUCCCAAAUGUUGUAGAAAAAAAAAAUCUGUGCAAUAAGAAUGUCCUCUGGUGACCUUUAUGAUGGUUAGGCUGCCAUCCAUCCGUAAAAGCUAGAGGGUGAAGUGACUUGGGAUCGUGACAACACCAGGAAAUGAGAGGGCAGCCAUGAAUCCGGGUUCAGCUGAGUUCAGCCCACCCCAGGUACCGCUGUGCUAUCCGGUGCAGAGGCCCUCCUGACCUGGGUGGUGUAGUUUUGGUCCUGGUGUUAAGGAAGGCCUCAUCGCAUGAUGGCCCCUUGGAGGAGAGUGAGUAGCUGAACUGGAUGGGGAGAGCCAGCAGGCAUCGACGUGAACGUUCUCCCUGACCCACUAUAAAUAGACCCCCCCCCCCCCAGCUUCUGCCAUUUCUGCAUCAAAGAUGAGCUACUAUGAUCCCCCUCUUCUCUAUCUGUUUAGUUUCUCUCUCUCUCUUUCAGGCCUUUCCCACGACAGCAUUGUUCAGUAUCGUCCAGUGUUUCAUGCCGUACUCCUCUCAGCUCCUUUCCUCCGAGCGGUUGUCAUUCUUUGAAUUCUUGAAAAACUUACAGUGUACAGUGAAAUAAUGUUCUCUAAGUUAUGGAUGUAGUACUGUAAAUGUAUUGUAAAUAUGGUCCUAAAUAUUUAUAUAUAUUUUGUAUCUUCAGAUGCAUUAUUUGUAUUAUAGGAUGUAGAAACAGAGCUGCCUGCACGUGCCCUUGCUGUUUUUGUCUCGUAUUGGAAUUAAGGGAUUAUUACAAUAAACCCCUAAAAUGGC